UUCAAAACCCUAGGUUUAAAUGCCGUCUUAAAUGAAAGAUUUUGUUUGUAUACAUGUAGAUUUCUGGUGAAUGGGUAAUACUCUGUAAUGGCAGAAACGGAAGAUUACGGUGGUGGUGAUUGGAGAGCACUGGUUUCAAGCCCGAAAGGGCUUUUCUCGGCUUUUCUCUCUGAAGGGUUUGCUUCGAGGUCUCUGUCCCAGAUUAUUAAUGGGUCUGAUGCUGAUGCUACUGCAACAGCCCAUGCCGAUGGUGAGAAAGAUAGAGAUGCUUCGGUGAGUUCGGAUAAGAAAGCUGAGGCCUGGGUUGGGGUUUCGUCUGGUUUGGAUACACAGAUUGAGGCUUCUAGUGAUUGGAAGCCUAACCCAGUUAGAAAUGGGGUUAGUAUUGCGGAGAGGAGGGCUGCGACUUGUGGCUUCAGUGCGCCAAGGAUCAAUACAGCUCGGUUUAGAUCCAUCAGCCCUUUGGCUUCACCAGGGGCUGGUUCGCCUUAUCUUACCAUACCACCUGGUCUUAGUCCUGCAACAUUGCUUGAUUCCCCUGUCAUGCUUCAUAAUUCUCAGGCACAGCCAUCUCCAACUACUGGAACUUUUUCAUUGCCUCUGAGUAAUGAAAUUCCAAUUUUUACUCCAUUAGCUUCUGGUACUAAUAAGGAAAAGGGCGAAGAGGUUGAUUCCUCAUUCAUGUUCAAGUCUCAUGUGAAACCUAUUGGUUUGUCAUGUCUUCUUGGCUCAGAAAAUCAGGUGGCUUCAUCCUCCAAUCAAGCUCGGAAUCCGGAAAUGACUUGUGUCAACCACCAACCUGCGCUCGUGCAACCAAACAUGGACUUUGAAUGCCAAAAUGGUUUUCUAAAACAAGCCAUGUCAAAGAGCUAUACUACUGAUUCUCCUUCCGAUAUUGAAGUUUCUAAUAGCAUGAUUGGGAAUAGUAAAUGUUUUGCUGUGCAAACUGGCCAUUGCGGUGUUGCUAGUGAUCAAACUCCUCUACAGGAGGAAACUCUGCAUGAAGAUGAUACUGGGUCACAGCAAAUUCCAGAAGGGGACCAGAAAGGGACACAUCCUCCCAUGGGAAUGGGAAAGCCAUCAGAAGAUGGAUAUAAUUGGAGAAAAUAUGGGCAGAAACAAGUGAAAGGUAGUGAGUAUCCUCGGAGCUACUACAAAUGUACGCAUCCAAAUUGUCAGGUGAAGAAAAAGAUAGAACGUUCUCAUGAUGGUCAAAUAACAGAAAUUAUUUACAAGGGUGCUCAUAAUCACCAAAAACCUCAGCCUAGUCGCCGGUCGGCAUUUCCACUUGGGGAAAUAUCAGAGACAGGUGAGGGGUCUGGAACUUCUGUCAAAGUGGAAGGAAGUUCAAUUUGGAAAAGUAUUCCGCAGGGACCCAAGGAUAAUAAAGUUGGUUCAGAUUGGAGGGCUGAUGGUUUAGAGAGGACAUCAUCGACAUCUGUUCUAACUGAACUUUCUGAACCACUUUCAACUGUGCAAGGGAAACAGCUAGGUAUGGUGGAAUCAGCAGAUACUCCAGAGUUCUCAUCCACACUCGCCAAUCAUGAAGAGGACGAUGAUAGAGCCACUCAAGGCAGCAUAUCAGUUGACAAUGAUGGUGAUGAUGAGGAGUCUGAGUCAAAAAGAAGGAAGAAAGAGAGCUCUUUGAUUGAUACAAAUUUGGCUACUCGAGCUGUUCGGGAACCAAGAGUUGUUGUCCAAACAGACAGUGAAGUGGACAUACUUGAUGAUGGAUACCGCUGGCGCAAGUAUGGACAGAAAGUAGUUAAAGGAAAUCCAAACCCCAGGAGCUACUAUAAAUGCACUAGUGCUGGAUGCUCUGUGAGGAAGCAUGUAGAAAGAGCCUCACAUGAUCUCAAAUCUGUGAUAACAACAUAUGAGGGAAAACACAACCAUGAAGUACCUGCGGCGAGAAAUAGUAGUCAUGUUAACUCAAGUAGUGGAAAUGUGUCGCAAGUUGGGCAUGCUCAAACCACACUUUCAUUAGCUGGAAGAACCAAUUUUCCAAAGACUGAACAAGAAGUUCAUGAUUUUGCACCUCGCUUUGAGAGAAAACCUGAGUUCACUAAUGAAUUCUUGAGACCCAGUUUUCUGGCGGGUUUCCCUGGCGACAUGAAGUUGGGGCCAUCUGCUUCUUACGAAAUGAAGCUGCCAGCCUUCCAGACACUGUCUUAUGGAUCCUUUGGACUAAAUGCCAGCCAGAAUGAAGCUAAUCAAGCGGCUUCUAUUGCUCGGGCUGUCUCGGAAUUUCCAAUUGCAAUGCCUCGACUUGGAAACCCGGCAUUGACCGGCUUUGAUUUUAAUAAUCAUGGAAUGCCAAUUGGUCAGGUUCAGCCUUUCCUUGGGAUGCAGCAGCAACCCAAGGAGAAUGACCCAAGAUUCCUCAGGCCUAAACAGGAGCAGAAAGAUGAUGCUGUUUAUGAUAAUCGUCUGCCCAUGAGCCAUCUUCCAAAUGCAUCGUCUUCGGUAUAUCGCCAGAUAAUGGGAGGUUUUCCAUUGUAAAUACAUUUUGCUUCUCCAGCUGAGUGUUCCCCCCAGAAGGAUGGACUUGGGGAGUCUAUUUAGGAAAUUUAAGAAAAGGGUAGUAGUGUCUUUUUUGUCUUUUGCUUUUCAUGAUAAGAGUCUUAAUACACAAUGCAUAAAGUAUCUGUAAUUAUUCCUUGUUUGGGUGCUCUAUACAAAGGAAUAUUUCUUCAGAUUUUAAUUUAAGAUAACAUAUAUUAUUUUGCCGUUCAACAA